GAAAAGCAAAACAUGUAAAGAGUGUUUUGCUUUUGAUUUUUCCAAUUUUAAGUUUUAAAAAGGAAAACACACGAAAAAAUAAUUUUUAUUAAUAGCAUACUUGUAAUUUUAUUGAAUUUAUAAAAUAAAAAAAAUUGCCCAUUUCACUGUAGACAGAAGCAGAAACGAGAAGCAGCCAUGGAAACACUCGCGCAUUGGAGCAUAAACCCUAAAUUUGCAAUUCAAACUCUAGCUCGUGAUUCAAUCAAGUUCAUCAACUUCAUUCCCUCUUCUUGAUCAUUGUUGUGUUCUUCAUUCUCUAUGAUAAUUUCUUUGGAUCCUACAAAAAUAACAUCGAUACAUAUUGUUUACUAAACAAGUUGGAGAAUUAAAAAAAAACAUGAAGAAUUCAAGCUUUCGUUCGCAAUUCCUUACGACUUCCUCCUCUUCCGCCACACAUGAUGCACCCAUGUUGCGUCUGCAGCCGUUGUUGCGCUUGCCUCUGUUGCACAGGUAACCUAGCUACUUACCAAGUUAUAGAUUAUGAAUUUUUUUUUAUCAACUCAUUGAUUGAGUGACUGAAUUGUUUAUAGAUGGCAACUAAUGUUGACAGUCUUGAAUCAAAGUUUUGGCCUGACUUUGUAACUAAAACUUUUAUUGAUAUUAUGGUUGACGAAGUUACAAAAGAAAAUAUGCCAAAUGGUGUAUUUCAUGCUAGAACAUGGAACUCAAUGACUAUUAGGCUGAAUUCUAUAACUAAUCGUUCCUUUAAAAUGGAUCAACUAAAGGCAAAAAUGCGCCGGCUACGAGCCAUGUAUCGCAAGUUCUAUUCACUUUUGCAGAACACUGGAUUUGGGUGGAACGCAAAAACCAACACUGUUACUGCAAAUGAAGAGGUCUGGCGAAAUUAUCUUCAGGUACAUGAGAAAACUUCUCAAUUUCAAAAGAAAGGAUGUGACCAUUAUAAGUUAUUGGAAAUCCUAUUCAACAAAAAUAAUGCUACUGGAGUACUUCACCAUUCAUCUACACAAGACCCACCAAAUACUGAUGAAGAAAAUGAGCUUGAUAAUCAAUACCUUAACAUUGGAAGUGCAAGUCAUGUACGUGUUGAUGAAGAUGAUUCAGACGAUGAUAUACAAGCAAUGGAACGCGUCUCACGAAGUGGAAAACAAAAAGUACAAGUAAUAUCCAAAAAAGAGUCAACAUCACAACAAAUGGGACAUGCGCUUGUAGCAUGGGCUCAAGCAUCUUUAGCGAGAGCAGAGAAGUAUAGCAGGGAUAAGAGUAAGGAUAAGAGUAGGGAUAUGAGUGUGGAGGCUACCUCGCGUGUAACAUUUGAUUGUUCUAUAACUAAGUGUGUGGCUGCUCUUGAAGAGAUAGAAGACAUUCCAGAUGACAUCUAUAGAAGAACCCUAGAAAAGUUUAAGGAUUCUGAUUGGAAGGAAAUGUUUAUGGCAAUGUCUAAAGAGAGGAAACGUGGAUGGGUACUUAGACUCUAAGGAUAACACGUUACUUGAAUAUGUGGUGAUAGUGAUUGGAUAUAUGUUUCUCUUAGUACUUUGUUUAUGAUCUUUAUGGUUGCGUACUUAUUUCUAUUUCCUGAACAAUUGUAUGCAUUUUUUUUUAUGAGUUGUUUUGAAUUGUUUUGUUAUGUUUUGAAAUUGUAUGACAGGUUGUAACCAGAUUUGAUGUUGAUACAAGUGAUGAUUCUACUUCUGAUGAAAGCGAUGAUGAUUUUGUAGAAUUUCUUAUUAGUAAUGUGAUCUAUGACUAUCAUCAUAAAUUCUUUAAUAAAGGAAAGGUUCUAACAUCAUCAUUAUCUGGUCGUGAAUUUGUUGCUGAAGUAUUAAAUGGAUCUGAAACAAGUUGUUUUGAUUUAUUUCGGAUGAAGAAGGAAUGUUUUCUUAAUUUUUGUAAUGAAUUAAGAGGGAAGAUCUAAGUGACUCAAGAGAUGUACUUGUCGAAGAGAAGGUUGCCACUUUUUUAUUCAUAAUUGAGCAUAAUGUUCGUCAUAGAGUCGCUUCAAACCGCUUUCAACAUUCCACAGAAACAAUCUCAUGCAAUUUCAAGGAAGUAUUAAGGGCAGUGUGUCGAUUGGGAAAAGAACUCAUAAAACAAGAGUCCAUAGAGUUGCCUGAAAGAAUUAAGAAUAAUUCAAAAUACUAUCCUUGGUUCAAGAAUUGCAUAGGUGCAAUAGAUGAUACACAUAUAAGUGCAUGGGUUCCUGCAGAGAAACAAAUUUCAUGUAGAGGUAGAAAGACAACAAUCACGCAAAAUGUCAUGUGUGCUUGUGAUUUCAACAUGAUGUUUACAUAUGUAUAUUUUGAGUGGGAAGGAAGUGCACAUGAUUCAAAAGUUUUUUUGGAUGCAAUUUCAAAUCCAAAUGCAGGAUUUCCUUGGCCACCUAGAGGUUCAUUUUAUCUCGUUGAUUCUGGUUAUCCAUGUACUAGAGGUUUGCUUCCUCCUUAUAGGGGUGAAAUAUAUCAUGCCCAAGAAUCUAGAGGCCAAGGUAGACAACCUAGGAGUCCCGAAGAGUUAUUUAACUACAGACGCUCAUCUCUACGGAUGACAAUUGAACGUUGUUUUGGGGGUGUUGAAAAAUAGAUUUCCCAUUUUGAAGUUGAUGCCUCCUUAUAAACAUUCCAGACAAAGACUUAUAGUGAUAGCUUGUUGUACUAUUCAACAUGUGGGAAGCAAUGGAUCCUAUGGAACUUGAGAGGGUGAAUGAAAGUUCAGGCAUAGAAGGAACAAGCUCCAACGAUAACUUAACUGGAUUAUCUUAUGAAGGUGCGAUUGAAAUGACAAUGAGUAGGAAAGUAUUAGAGAUAUAAUAUGGGUACACCAUCACAAUUAGUUGGACAAAUUACUAUCUUUUAGAUUUUAUUAUAUACAAUGUUGGUGGAUAUUUCUUAAAUA